CCUCCUCUACUCCUCCCCCUCUCUCCUUCAAACCUCUGCCUUUCUCCCAUCCUGUUUGGGCAUGCACGCACCCUUACAUAAGAAAGUUCCAGUACUGAGACUCCAAACAGGAUCAACCAAGAGUGAGGGGUAUAUGUUUGGACUUGAAUAAUAUAUACAGAAUGUUCCAUGAACAGUAACAAUACCAACAGCAGUAAGAGUAGUCUUUAACGUUGGGAUCAGAUGAGUACAAGGCAGCACUACAGGUGAUCAGACUGUCAGCAUUACAGCAGACACACACAGAACCAGAUGGAGCACAGAGAGGAGGCUGAGGGUGAAACCAGAGUUUUAUAAAGUGAUCCACAAUGGCCACAAGUAAUACAACGCACCUGUUGAAAACUCUGGAGCAGCUCGGGGAAAAGGAACUGAAGAAGUUUAAAUGGUUCCUGCAGAAUGAAGUUCCAAGUGGGUUUAAUCCCAUCCCAAAGAACAAGUUGGAGAACGCUGAUGAACUGGACACAAUGGAAAAGAUGGUGGAGACAUAUGCACUCAAAGGAGCUCUGAAGAUCACUGUGGAGAUCCUGAGAAAGAUGGAUCAGAAUAAUCUUGCUGAGCAGCUGAUGGGUGUCAGUGGUGCUGAGGAGGCUGGUGGGAACAGUUCAACUUCCUGUCUUCCUCAGGAAGUCCAGGGUUCCUCCAACACGACUGAGACUGGAGGCCAUGCUGCUGCUCCUGGUGGAAACCCCUCAGAGCCUCAUGGUACAUAAGAAAUGAUCAUGAUGAAAUAGACUGUCAUGGUACAUAAGAAAUGAUCAUGAUAAAAUAGACUGUCAUGGUACUUAAGAAAUGAUCAUGAUGAAAUAGACUGUCAUGGUACAUAAGAAUUAUAUCAAUAAAAUAGACUGUCAUGGUACAUAAGACAUGAUCAUUAUGAAAUAGACUGUCAUGGUACAUAAGAAACUAGAGGGUACAAUUUCUGGGGAAAUUGUAGGGUGUGCUUGCUUGCAUUGGUUGCAUAGGGGUCCGUAUUUCUGUAUAUUUUAUAUAAAAAUGCAUACUUAUUAUUUAUAAAGAUUACAUAGAUUUAAAGCAUAUAUUUGUUGCUGCUCAUUUACAACUCAAAAUACGAGUGAAGUGUAGAAUGAAAUAGAUGUCUUCUCAUUUCCCCUGCAAGAGGCAGCCUCAUAGCUGAAUCAAAACGAAUAAAUUUGGCAGACCGGUGUAAAAAUUGACCUAAUCUCUAUGAUUUAAACGUCCUUUUAAGUUUUCCCUUCUCGUGAUAUUUUCAGGCAUUUAGCCUACUCAUUGCAUUCAUUCAUUAAUAAAGAACCCCCUUUGAAGAUUAUUCUACGACGUUACCGGCAGUAGAAGAUGGAAUCGCGAUUCAAACAGUACCAUCUGCUAACUGAAAAUAUGCCCCCCAAAACGUAAAUAAGCUUGACAUUUAUUUAGUGGAAAAUCGCUCAUUCAUAAAAAGCUCACUGGUAGCGAUCAUUGUCAGUAACAACGCAAAAUGCGAUAUAGCCCUGUGUGGAGAAGCUGCCCCGGUAAAUUGUACUACUACGGUACAGUACUAGACUACUGCUGUGUUCGUCUUGGUAGCGAUUGCGUUGGUUGAAUUGGAUUUAACGUUCCGUUGUACGGUUUAAGCUGAAAUUAAUUAUUUUCAUGAACAGAUUGACAACGUUUAGGCUGUGGCAAUGAAGUUCAGGUUAGUAGUUAGAUAGACUUUUGAUUUAAGUAAGGGGAGUGCCGAACAUGUUCUGUCGCCGUUUGAUUUCCUAAACAGCUGUGUAGAUGUUUUGGUAGUGUCUCGCGUAGGCUACAGCGUGUCAGUGAGCAACACUGGUUUGAAACCUCAGGUAAUGAUAAUUUCACCCACAAAUCGUUUACUUGUAAUGUAAUGUCAUAAUAAA